UCCUCUCUAACGAGGCCAGUCUGUAGUUGCAUCUCUCUUCAGUUGUCCUGCAAGCCUCCUGUACAACCAGACGCACUGCGCACUAGCUCCUGGUUUUGAGCAGAAAUGUUUUUCUGUAGAUCGGCUUGGCAGAAACUGGGGCUCCUGGCACGAAUGACAGUCGCCCUACCCUUAUCCAGAAAUGUGGUUCCAGUGCGGCAGAUGUCCUUCGGGAUCCCCGGUGGCUCUUCCACCAACAUGGCGUACUUUGUUCUGUGUGGAGGAGGCCUCACUGCCGCUGUAGUCUACGCUUACAAGACAGUGAAUGGUGACAGUGAGCGGUACAAUGACAGACUCGCUGAGAUGAACUUGAGGCCAAAGGGCGAGGCAGAGGCAGCAGCACCAGCAGCAGAGGAAGCAGCACCAGCAGCAGAGGAAGCAGCACCAGCAGUAGAAUCCCCAGAAGAACCGGCACCAGUAGAAGCAGAGGUGGUAGCCGAGGUGGUCGCUGAGACGGCUGCUGUCGAGGAGGCGCCUGCAGCAGCAGAGGAAGUCGUGGCAGAGGUCGCAGCCGAACCCGACGUCGUAGAGGCGGAUGCAGAGGUUGCCGCAGAACCAGCGGUCGCCGCAGUCGAGGAGGCGCCCACAGCGGAAGUCGUUGCAGAUGUCGCCGUGGUUACAGAAGAAGCCGCCCCGGAGGCUGCCGCAGAGGCUGUCAUCGAGGACGUCGCUGAGGCGGCUCCCGUCGUCGUGGAAGAGGUCGUUGCCUUGGAGGAUGUCGCCGAGGCACCCGCGGUGGAGGCUGCCGGUGAGGAUGUUGUGGCUGAGACGGCUCCCGUCGCCCUUGAGGCAGAAGCGUCCCCUGCCGCCGAGGUGGCGGCAGCAUAAGGGGUCAGAGGUGAAAGGUCAUGCUAGAGGGGUGGGGUUAGCUGUGGUGUGUCCUCUUACUACUACCCCCCUCAAACCUACACCUGCUCCCCCAACCCCACACAGGCCCCAUCUACACCCUAUUCCCCAUGUAGUGCACUACUUUCCCUGGUCAAAAGUAACGCCCUACAUAGGGAAUAGGGUGCCAUUUUGGAUCACAGCCCCCUUUCUACCAGGACAUUUUACAAUAAGAAGCAGGAGGUGGACUAUGUUCUGUUAAAGAACACUUUAGUUAUGAAAUUAUAUUCUGGUGAUGGGGAUGGCUGUCUCUUCUCAUUCUGACUCCUUUACACCAGCGCUAAAACCACAGCUAAAUACAGAGCUGUUUCAGUUUAAAAUGAUACCGGUCUAUUUGUCAAGCAAUAUGGUUGUAUUUAUCAAUGGGGACAGGAGUUUUUACUGGUCGGAUCAUGGUUGGUUGGGUGGUGGGGGGGGGACUCCUGGCUCUGUUUUUCUGAGGAGUCCUUAGGUGUUUCUAAGGGGUUAAAGGGGCUGGAAAGGGAGAUAUUGGAGUCAUGAUUGUACAAGUUGUCCUGACCCACAAACCUAUGUGCGUCUGAAAUGGCACCCUAUUCCCUAUAUAGGGCCCAUAGGCUCUGGUCAAAAGUAGUUCACUAUCACUAUAUAGGGACUAGGGUGCCAUUUUGGACACACUUCUAAUGUAAAGUUCUCCCAAGUGGCCCUUAGAAUUCAGGACACAAAAUGGCACCUUUUCCUUCACUUUUGUCCGAAUGACUUUGUCCCUUAAGAGUCAAGCUUAUUGAGGAUUUCUAGAUAAUGGCACAGUCUGGUAUCUUGGCUUUAAAUCAAGUUUGCACUCCAUUUCGACGAUGCGUUGAACGUGCUCCAAAUUCAGAUUGAAGGUAGUGUUAUGAACCUCGAGACGACAAGCACUUCAAGCAGGUUAAAUGGUUAUUAUGCAAAUAAUAAAUGUACCAGUCAGAGAAGCAUUUGAAUUGCUUUUUGAACAGCAUCUUAUUGUGAAAUGUGACCAAAACCCUGCAAGCUCCUUCCUGCUUUCUCCUCCUCUCUAAGUGCUGCCCUCACACCUCUCCCUAGGAUAAGCUCUAGAAGGAUUAGUCGGUGAUGUCAUAAAGCUGUGUUCCACUGCCCAAAUGGAACUCCCAGUGAUUGGAACUUUGGGGAACAAUUGGAUCAGUUGGUUGUCUCUGUGUCCUCACUGAUCUCUUUAUGACAUCAUCUCUGUCUGAUCCUUCUUAUCACAUCCUAGACACUGUGCCAGGGAGAAGUCUGCCCCCACUAAGCACAGAUCAGGGAUCAGUUCCCCCUUGCCCCCAAUGCUGAGCAUAUAGGGCUGCAACCAGAGGUUCUGGAAGGGGAUUCUCAAUCCUCAAAACCCGUAGCAAAUAUUAUCAAUAUACUGUGCAACGUAGACGUUCUGUUUUCUACCGAGAUUGCAAAACAAUUCGUAUGUUGAUGUAGUGCCCAUCGGUUAUGAAUGUUUCAACCUCUGACAAAUCCUGUUUGUACCGUCAGUUUGUUUCGAAGAGCACCAAAACUAACCAUGGAGCCUCGCGGUCUGUAUCGUCCAAUCACAGAUCAGAUACAAGUCACGUGAUCUGUCAGGCGACCACAUGAUGUGCCAUCGAACAGAUCACGUGACUGGUAUCUGCUCUGUGAUUGGACGAUUCUACAGCUAUCGCGUGCCAUGUGUUCGCUAACAGACCACGUGACUUGUAUGUGCUCUGUGAUUGGUUGAUACUGACCGCAAUGCUGUAUGGGAUGAGUAGUUUGUUUACCCCCUUAACUCUGGAACACUAUAUAUUUUUUAAAGCCAUUUCUAAUCUUUUCAAUCAAUGGUUCACCCUGGAGAUUUGUGUAGCUAUUCAACAUUUGAAACCAUGACAACCAGCAUGUAUCUUUUUAAAAUUGUGGCCGUGUCAGUUCCUGGAACCAUAACUGUGGAAAGAGGGGCGUGGCCCGUUGCAGCCCUAGGAAUUGUUCAAUUUUAAGCUGGUCUUGGAUAAGUGCUUGGUGGGAAGUGACUUCCACCUAAAUGCAUCUUUUUUUAAAUACCUGUUGUUUACAGAGCCUCUGCCUUCAACUUCAAACCUCACGUAAAAACAAAUGUCUUCUGUACCUGCCUUACCUCCUAGUGGAGCGCCUAGUGGAGCGUCACAGUGAAACAUAUUUUAUCUAGAAGAGUCCACUACUAGUUUAACCAACCAACACAAGUUUGCCCUGUAACCACGGUGACUAACACACACACACACAAAAACACCAGUCGGGCCUUACGUGAUGUAACGAAGCUGUCCAGGACGAUGCACCCAGCCUGCAUCCCGAAUGGCUCCCUAUAUAUAGUGCACUACAUUUCACCAGAGCCCUAUGGUGUGGCCUAUGGGCCCUGGUUAAAACUAGUGCACUAUAUAGAGAAUAGGUUGCCAUUUGGGAUGCAGGUACACAUUCUACUACUAAUACUGUCACACUAAGUGGUUUUCUUUCCUUCAUCAACCAACCAAUCGUUCACCACCACCAUCUCUCAAUACAACUUCAAAAAGUCAAAGCCAUUUUCUUCAUUUUUUGUUUGUUUUUUGUGUGUGCCGGUGCUGUUACAAGUUGGUGUCUUUAAAUUUUUUUUUCCUAACUGUGAAAGGUAAACGUUAAGGGUACGUUAUAACCCAACAAAAUCUCACUUCAGCUCUACUGUUCUAUGCAUCUUCAAUCUCUCCAAUCGAUCGACAUUGGACAUUUUGUACUGUCUGAAGAUGGCCAACUAAUAAUGCGCCAGUGUUUCAACUUUAAGGAAAUGUUUUGAAAAGUAUCAGUGAAGAAGUAAAUCAGGAAGCUGAAGUCCUUCAAUAAAGACACUGUAAUUUA